GGGCGAGUCAGUUCCGUCGGCUCCGGAGCCAGCGGGGCGCAGGGUGAAUUGGCCAUGGAGAGACGGGACCGGAAACGGGGCUCGGGGGCCGGAAAUGCGGGAAUGGGUGAUGGCUUUCUCAUGGAAGUGUGCGUUGACUCCGUGGAGUCUGCUGUGAAUGCAGAGAGAGGAGGUGCUGGCCGGAUCGAGCUGUGUGCUGGCCUGAUGGAAGGAGGAACCACGCCCAGUAUGGGGCUCCUGCAGGUGGUGAAGCAGUGUGUGCGGGUCCCAGUGUUUGUGAUGAUCCGCCCUCGUGGGGGAGAUUUCCUCUACUCCGACCGGGAGUUGGAAGUGAUGAAGGCUGAUACCCGCCUAGCCAAGCUGCAUGGGGCCGAUGGGCUGGUGUUUGGGGCCCUGACUGAGGAUGGGCGCAUCGACACAGAGCUCUGCACAGCCCUGCUGGCCUUCGACAUGGUCCAUGAUCCUCUUGUGGCCCUGGAGACCCUGGUGUCCCUGGGAUUCGAGCGGGUGCUGACCAGCGGCUGUGACAGCUCAGCACUGGAGGGGUUACCCUUAAUAAAGAGACUCACAGAACAGGCUAAGGGCAGGAUUGUGGUGGUGCCAGGGGGUGGUAUAACAGAGAGGAACCUGCAGAGGAUUCUUGAGGGCUCUGGUGCACCUGAGUUUCACUGCUCUGCUCGCUCAGCCCGGGACUCGGGAAUGAAGUUCAGAAACAGCAGUGUUGCCAUGGGAACCUCUCUGUCUGUCUCCGAAUAUUCUCUAAAGGUAGCGGAUGUGGCUAAAGUGAGGACCCUGAACGCUAUUGCAAAGAACAUCCUGUAGAGGGCAAGUGCUGAGUGUGGGAUAGGAGCGCGCAGACCCUGGGAUCCUCCCUGCCAGUCUGGACAGAUGGGCUCUGGCUUCAGUCUCACAAGGGCUGUCAAGGAAGUGGAUACUAUAAAGGAACCUGCAGUCUCUUCAUUGGCUUCACCUGGACACUCUCCCUGGACUGGAGGCUUAAACUGGCUUUAAAAACAAAACAAAAAAAACCCAAGGACCCAUUCCUGGCUGUUGUAGUGGCACAAACCAUUCAGCAGCAAUUGGGAGGGGGGACCUUAGCUAACAGGGUAACUAAAUUGUGCACUACCACCAGUGAUUGUCAAAUAAACACCCUGCAGCCAUUCCCGUGUCACUGUGGCUCGUCCUUACAGAGAGGGCUUGAUGGUCUGUGUCAUGCUACCCAAUGUGAAUGGUAUCUGCUAUGGUGAGUCAUAUGACAUGUGCUUGCAAAGGAGUCAUGUACCAGGGAAUCUGCCGAAGAUGCAG